AUGACACAGUCCAAGGACCAGAAGAUCGCAGAGGUUCAGGCCAACCUCCCACUCCCCGAGCAGCCUCCAACCGCAUCUGACUGGCAAUCCGCCGAUGCCCGCACCGUCAACGUUGGAUCUGGCCGCACGGAGGCCAAUAUCGGCACCAGUGACGCCAGCAACGCUGGUCUGAGGGAACCUGCCUCCAAGGACGCACAGGAUCUAUCCAAUGUCGGACGUCAGGCUGUUGAGGGCUUGUCAGGGCCGCCCAAGGAUGCGGCAUCGCGGAAGUAA